AGGAUAAAAUUUCCUUGCAUUCUUUUAGGCGCACAAAGGAAAAUGAGCGCUAAGAUGACACGCUACAAGCAGACAGAAUUUACAGAAGAUGAUUCAAGUUCAAUUGGCGGCAUUCAACUGAACGAAGGCACAGGCCACACUGGCAUGCAAAUACGCUAUCACACAGCGCGGGCUACUUGGAACUGGCGCUCAAGGAGUAAGACCGAAAAAUGGCUGCUCAUCACGACAUUUGCGAUGACGAUGACAAUUUUUACGCUGCUGAUCGUUCUAUUUGCGGACAGCAACAGCGACAAAACGAAGCACAUUCUACACGUGCAGCCCCACAAGAAAGAUUGCCCGUCAGGGAGCGAGUUGCCGUGCCUGAACAAGCAUUGCAUAUUUGCGUCGAGCGAGAUCCUGAAGUCAAUCGAUGUAACAGUCGAUCCAUGCGACGACUUCUACGGAUAUGCAUGCAACCAAUGGAUCAAGAACAACCCAAUUCCCGAGGGUAAAUCCACAUGGGGCACAUUCGGUAAGCUGGAGCAAAUGAAUCAGCUGAUCAUACGCAAUGUGCUGGAGAAGCCCGCAGCGAGCUUCAAAUCGGAGGCCGAGAAGAAGGCCAAAGUGUACUAUGAGUCCUGCCUGGAUGCCGACGAGCAUAUGGAGAAGCUGGGCGCCAAGCCCAUGAACGAUCUGCUGCUGCAGAUCGGUGGCUGGAACGUAACCAGCAGUGGCUACAACGUGUCCAACUGGACCAUGGGCAACACCCUCAAGAUACUGCACAACAAAUACAAUUUCAAUUGCCUGUUUGGCUGGGCGAUCGGUGAGGAUGACAAGAACUCCUCGCGGCACGUCAUCCAAAUCGAUCAGGGCGGCUUGACGCUGCCCACUGCCGACUACUACAACAACAAGACGGACAACCAUCGGAAGGUGCUCAAUGAGUAUAUCGAGUACAUGACCAAGGUGUGCGUGCUGCUGGGCGCCAACGAGACCGAUGCCCGCGCCCAGAUGCUGGGCGUCAUUAACUUUGAGAAGAAGCUGGCGAACAUCACCAUACCGCUGGAGGAUCGACGCAACGAGGAGGCCAUGUACCAUCCCAUGAAGCUACGCAAGCUGGCCAAGCUGGCUCCCUUCCUUAACUGGACGGAUCAUUUCGACAAUGCCCUGCAGAUGGUCAAUCGGCGGGUCACCGACGACGAAGUCGUCGUUGUCUAUGCACCCGAAUUCCUCAAGAAUCUCUCCGAUAUUAUCAUGAAAUUGCAGCAGACCGAUGAGGGAAAGAUCACCUUGAACAACUAUCUGAUCUGGCAGGCGGUGCGCACCCUGACCAGCUGCCUCUCGAAGCCGUUCAGGGAUGCCUACAAGGGUGUGCGCAAGGCCCUCAUGGGCUCCGAUGGUGGCGAGGAGAUCUGGCGCUACUGCGUCUCCGACACCAACAAUGUUGUUGGCUUUGCUGUGGGCGCAAUUUUCGUGCGUCAGGCGUUUCACGGUGAAUCGAAGCCGGCGGCCGAGCAGAUGAUUGUCGAGAUACGGGAGGCCUUCAAGCACAAUAUGCAGAAUCUCACUUGGGUGGAUAAGCAGACCCGGGAGCGGGCCAUCGAGAAGGCCGAUCAGAUCUCCGAUAUGAUUGGCUUUCCCGACUACAUUCUCGAUCCGGCAGAUCUGGACAGAAAGUACGCGGACUUGAACAUAACGGCGAAUGCAUAUUUCGAGAACAACCUACAGGUGGCCAUCUACAACCUGAGGAGCAACCUCAAGCGCCUCGAUCAGCCGGUGAACAAGACCAACUGGGGCAUGACACCGCAGACGGUCAACGCCUACUAUACGCCCACCAAGAAUCAGAUUGUCUUUCCAGCCGGCAUCCUGCAGACGCCCUUCUUCGACAUCAAUAAUCCCAAGAGCCUGAAUUUCGGCGCCAUGGGCGUGGUGAUGGGCCACGAGCUGACCCAUGCCUUCGACGAUCAGGGCCGCGAGUACGAUAAGUUUGGCAACAUCAAUCGCUGGUGGGACCCGAAGAGCAUCGAACGCUUCACCGAGAAGUCCGAGUGCAUUGCCCGCCAGUACAGUGGCUACAAGAUGAACGGACGCAAUCUGAAUGGCAAACAGACGCUGGGUGAGAACAUUGCCGAUAAUGGUGGCCUCAAGGCAGCCUACCACGCCUACCAGCGCACCAAGAGCGAAAAGGAGGCGGACAUCCUGAAGUUACCCGGCCUAAAUCUGACGCAUUCGCAACUCUUUUUCGUGUCUUUUGCCCAGGUCUGGUGCUCAAGCACCACCGAGGAGACGAAUCUGCUGCAAAUGGAGAAGGAUCCGCACUCGCCGUCACAGUUCCGGGUAAUUGGUACACUGUCGAACAUGAAGGAGUUUGCCGAGGUCUUUCAGUGCAAGGCCGGCAAGCGCAUGAAUCCGACCAGCAAGUGCGAGGUGUGGUAAGGGGGAGCCAUUCCCAGAGCGAUCUCAGAGCAAAGAGCAAUGGCCAUGCAGCAUACAUA